AUGCCUUGGAAUUAUUUCAACUCAUUCACCAUUCAUGGCAAUCUCUAAAGCAAUGAUUGUGUUUCCCUUGCUUUGCUUUCUCUUCUCGACCAUCUCCACCUUAUCUCAUCAAAACACCUUGGUUUGCAAUCAAACUGAGAAACGUGCCCUUCUAAGCUUCAAACAUACUCUCUUUGAUCCUGCACAUCGCCUCUCAUCUUGGUCUACUCACGAAGACUGCUGUGGAUGGAAUGGAGUCUACUGUCACAACAUCACUGGUAGAGUUAUCAAGCUCGAUCUGAUGAAUCCUAGUAGUUCCAAUUUCUCGUUGGGGGGCAAGGUUAGUCCUGCUUUGCUCCAAUUGGAAUUUUUGAAUUACUUGAACUUGAGCGGGAAUGAUUUUGGAGGUACUCCAAUUCCAGGUUUCCUAGGUUCCAUGCGGAGUUUAACAUACCUUGACCUCUCCUUUGCUUCAUUUGGUGGACUAAUCCCUCCUCAGCUUGGAAAUCUUUCCAAUCUUCAAUAUCUCAGUCUAGGAGGUGGUGAUUCCUUCUACGAACCACAACUUUAUGUUGAGAACCUUGGUUGGAUUUCUCAUCUUUCUUCUUUGAAACACCUGACCAUGUAUGAGGUUGACCUUCAAAGGGAAGUUCAUUGGCUUGAAUCUACAUCUAUGCUAUCUUCCCUUUCCGAGUUGUACUUGGUGGCAUGUGAACUAGAUAACAUGAGCCCGUCUCUUGGGUAUGUCAAUUUUACAUCUCUCACAUUCCUCAGUCUUGCUUGGAAUCAUUUCAAUCAUGAGAUACCCAAUUGGCUAUUUAAUCUCAGCACUAGUCAUAUACCUCUAAAUGAUUUAGAUUUAUCAUACAAUCAGUUGACAGGGCAAAUACCAGGGUAUUUAGGAAACUUAUCAUCCUUGAAGUAUUUAUUACUUUAUGGAAAUAGGUUAAAUGGAACUCUUCCAAGCAGUCUAUGGCUUCUUUCAAAUUUGGUGUAUUUAGAUAUUGGAAAUAACUCCUUAGCAGACACAAUAUCAGAAGUUCAUUUUAAUAAACUCUCAAAAUUGAAGUACUUAGACAUGUCCUCAACAUCUAUUAUUUUCAAAGUCAAGUCCAAUUGGGUUCCUCCUUUUCAACUUGAAGAAAUGUGGAUGAGUUCCUGCCAGAUGGGCCCCAAUUUUCCCACGUGGCUAGAAACUCAAACAUCUCUUCGGUAUCUAGACAUUUCCAAGUCUGGAAUUGUGGACAUAGCUCCAAAAUGGUUCUGGAAGUGGGCUUCACAUAUUGAUAGACGACUGAUCGACCUCUCAGAUAACCAGAUAUCUGGGAAUUUAUCUGGAGUUCUGCUAAAUAAUACUUACAUUGAUUUAAGCUCUAAUUGCUUCAUGGGUGAGUUACCACGAUUGUCUCCACAAGUUUCUUUAUUGAACAUGGCUAACAACUCAUUUUCGGGGCCAAUUUCCCCUUUCUUGUGCCAAAAAUUGAAUGGAAAAAGUAAUCUCGAGAUAUUGGACAUGUCAACAAACAAUUUAUCAGGGGAGCUUUCUCAUUGUUGGACGUAUUGGCAAUCUCUGACUCGUUUGAACUUAGGAAACAAUAAUCUUUCAGGUAAAAUUCCUGACUCCAUGGGCUCUUUGUUUGAACUUGAAGCAUUGCACUUGCAUAAUAAUAGGUUAUCUGGAGAUAUACCACCUUCACUGCGAAACUGCAAAUCUUUGGGGCUCUUGGAUUUAGGUGGUAACAAACUUUCAGGAAAUUUACCAAGCUGGAUGGGAGAGAGGACGACUCUGACGGCUCUCAGAUUAAGAUCAAACAAAUUAAUUGGCAACAUUCCUCCACAAAUAUGCCAACUUUCUUCCCUUAUAAUAUUGGAUGUUGCCAAUAAUAGCUUAUCCGGAACCAUACCAAAGUGUUUCAAUAAUUUCAGUUUAAUGGCAACAAUAGGCACUGAAGAUGAUUCUUUUUCUGUUUUAGAAUUUUACUACGACUACUACUCCUACUUCAACCGCUACACUGGAGCACCAAACUAUGAGAAUCUUAUGUUGGUCAUCAAAGGGAAGGAAUCAGAGUACAGGAGCAUUCUAAAAUUUGUUCGGAGCAUAGAUCUUUCAAGUAAUGAUUUGUGGGGAUCAAUCCCUACCGAAAUCUCAAGUCUUUCUGGAUUGGAAUCUUUGAACUUAUCUUGCAAUAAUUUGAUGGGAAGCAUACCGGAGAAAAUGGGAAGCAUGAAGGCCUUAGAAUCUCUGGAUCUCUCGAGAAACCAUCUCUCAGGUGAAAUUCCUCAAAGCAUGAAGAACUUAUCAUUUCUUAGUCACUUGAAUCUAUCAUACAACAAUUUUUCGGGAAGAAUUCCAUCAAGCACACAACUUCAAAGCUUUGAUGCAAUUAGCUACAUUGGCAAUGCCGAGCUUUGUGGAGUCCCUCUGACAAAAAAUUGCACAGAAGAUGAAGACUUUCAAGGUAUAGACGUGAUUGAUGAAAAUGAAGAAGGCUCUGAAAUCCCAUGGUUCUACAUUGGCAUGGGACUUGGGUUCAUUGUAGGCUUUUGGGGAGUCUGCGGUGCUCUUUUAUUCAAGAAAGCUUGGAGGCAUGCUUAUUUCCAAUUUCUUUACCGUGUUAAAGACUGGGUGUAUGUGGCCAUAGCGAUAAGGUUGAACCGACUCCAAAAUAAUUUGAGGGUGCCCUAGAUGUAGAAAGAAAUGAGUGACGUUGGGGAUGGGAAGGAUUCUUGUUAUUUAGUUUGUGUUUGGCCUUGAAACCUUUGUUUAGACACGAUGAUUUGGAUCAUGUAUUAUGUUUUUAAUUAUCAAGUUAAUUUGAACUAAAUUAGUUUUUCAUAAUUAUGUGAAACAUGAAACUUCUAUCUUGGAACAAUAGCUUUAGCUCUAUGAACUGACUCUUAAAGGAGAA